CAAGAACGUCGCUGGAUCCCGGGAGGACCGGAGCGAGAGACGCCACCGUGGGACUGGAGUUGUGCUCAGGCUGAAAGAUGUUCUCCUCUGUGAAGGCCUUUGAGGGGCAGCAUUACUCCAACCUCAAGAGGCAGUGUCUACAGAGUGAACAUCUGUUUGAGGACCCACUGUUCCCUGCCGUAGAUGACUCCCUCUUCUACCUGGGUAACAGGAUCGGCCGUGUGCACUGGAAAAGACCCAGGGAGCUGUGCGAUGAUCCUCGCUUGUUUGUGGAUGGGAUCAGUGCCCAUGACCUGCACCAAGGGCAGCUGGGAAACUGCUGGUUUGUGGCGGCCUGCUCCAGCCUGGCUUCCCGAGAGUCACUGUGGCAGAAAGUUAUCCCAGACUGGAAGGAGCAGGAAUGGGAUCCAGAGAAGGCAGACUCUUAUGCAGGAAUAUUCCACUUCCGCUUCUGGCGGUUUGGGGAAUGGAUGGACGUGGUGAUCGAUGACCGUCUCCCCACAGUGGAUAACCAGCUGGUGUACUGCCAUUCAAAUGAUAGCAACGAGUUCUGGAGUGCCCUUGUGGAAAAAGCCUAUGCCAAAGUUUAUGGCUGCUAUGAGGCCCUGGAUGGUGGAAACACGGCCGAUGCCCUGGUGGACUUUACUGGUGGCGUGUCAGAACCCAUGGACCUUCUGGAGGGCCAGUUUGCUCAGGAUGAAGUCGCCAGAAACCAGCUCUUUGAGAGAGUGCUCAAGGUCCAUAAUCGAGAUGGCCUUAUCAGCUGCUCUAUCAGGGCAACCACAGUAGAGGACAUGGAGGCGAGACUGGACUGUGGGUUAGUGAAAGGCCACGCCUAUGCGGUGACCGACGUUCGCAAAGUCCGUCUGGGACAUGGCCUGCUGGCGUAUUUCAAGUCAGAAAAGCUACACAUGAUUCGCAUGAGGAAUCCCUGGGGUGAAAAGGAGUGGAGUGGACCUUGGAGCGAUAGCUCAGAAGAGUGGAAGAAAGUGAGCAAGAGUGAGAGAGAGAAACUAGGGGUCACUGUUCAGGAUGAUGGAGAGUUUUGGAUGAACUUUGAAGAUUUCUGUCACUAUUUCACUGACCUGAUCCUGUGUCGACUGAUAAACACUUCUUACUUGAGUAUUCAUAAGACCUGGGAGGAAGAGGUGAUGAGGGGAUCCUGGAUCCACCGAGACAACCCGCUCCGCAACCGUGCCGGAGGCUGCAUUAACCAUAAAGCCACGUUUCUGCAAAACCCACAGUAUGUUUUUGAUGUGAGAAAAGUGGAAGACGAGGUGCUGAUCUGCCUGCAGCAAAAGGAACGCAGAGCUACUCCCAAGGAGGGUAAAGGCGAGAACCUGGCAAUUGGAUUUGACAUCCACAGGGUGGAGUUGAAUAGGAAAUACAGAAUGCACUCAGCCCAGCAGAAGGUCGCAGGGUCGAUCUACAUCAACUCUCGUUGCGUCUUUCUGAGGAAAGAGCUAAAGGAGGGGCGUUACGUCAUCAUCCCCACAACCUUUGACCCAGGUCAACAAGGAGAGUUCCUGCUCAGAGUCUUCACUGAUGUGCCUUCAGACUGCAAAGAACUAACUCUGGACGAGCCUCCUCAGACAUGCUGGACUGGGAUGUGCGGUUACCCUCAGCUGGUCACCCAAGUGCAUGUGUUAAGUGCCGAAGGCCUGCAGGGCCAAGAUGCCAAUGGAGAGCUACACUGCUUGAUCUCCCACAAGACACGGUCUGACUUCUGCACAGGAGCCUCUGACCCAUAUGUGAUCAUCACCUGUGAGGGGGAGAAAGUUCGCUCCCCUGUGCACAAAGACACACGCUGCCCUAAUUUUGACAUAAAGGGAAUAUUCUACCGCAAAAAGCCAAAGGAAGGCAUUCACAUCGAGAUCUACAAUAAGAAUGUGAUUGUUGACACCUUCCUGGGUCAGGUGACCCUCUUUAGUGACCCUAACGACCGCCAAGAGCAGCACACGGUCUAUCUUAAAGACAAGGGUAGUCGCCAAGACAACAGCCUUUCAGGCACACUGACUGUACGUGUGAUCACCUGCACCAAUUUAACCCACAUCUGAUUGGAAACUAAAUGCAGACUUGUGCAUCCUGCCACUUCACUCUCUGCUUGGGUUCCUCGUUCACCCAUGAGGUUUUUAGCCCUCAUCAUUUUCUAAUAAUUUUUUUUUUCAGUAAACGGUUAGUUGACCCUAAAAAAGUUCUGUCACUAUUUACUCACCCUCAUGUCUUACUCACCUUUUGCUGUUAAUUUUUCAGUGGAGCAAAGUAUAAUGA